ACGCGAAAGACUGUUUAUGCCCAACUACACAUUGACAGGACUCUCUCUCUCUCUCUCUCUCUCCACUGUUUCCUAAUCUCCUUAUCCCUCUCUGUCUCUCUUUCCCAUAGACUUUGCCAAUAUCCAUAUCCCAAACAACAGCUAAACAUCAAAGAAAAUUAAUAAUCCCAUCAACUUAGAAUCAGAUCUUUGUUGUUAUUUACACCAUCUUUGAUUGAGAGCUAUGAGCACCACCCAACACCACCACCACCACCACCACAAGAUGAGAGGCAAAGUUGAAGAUCAGCCAGCAGCAGCAGCAGCAGCAGCACCACCAUCAUCUACUGCCUCGCCACCCUCAGCCUCCUCCUCUCCUGCACAUGAAUUCUCCUUCACAAUCUCCCUCCACCAACCACCACAGUCCUCGACAAACCCCGAAAAAGCCAAAUCGCUUCCUUCAAUCGCCGCCGUGGAUUUAUCUCCGGCGGACGAGAUAUUCUUCCACGGCCACCUCCUCCCUCUCCACCUCCUCUCCCACCUCCCUGUCUCUCCUCGCUCCUCCACCAAUUCUCUCGACAGUUUCACACUUCCCAGAGAAAUACUAGAAAACAACAACAACAAUAGUACUACUACAAUCAACAACAACAAUGGCGAAACAAAGGAGAGAGAAAGAGAAAGAGAAAGACCCAAGUCAUCGAAAUCAUCGUUCUCGUUGUUCGGGCUAUCGAAAUGGCGAAAAGGGUUGGAUGUUAGAGAAAAAGAAGAAGAGAAAGAGAAGAGCAAGAGGAAGCUAAGGUUCGAUGUGAGUCAUGUAGUGAAGAGGUACAUGAGAAUGGUUAGGCCUAUGUUGUUUUUCAGAGGGAGGAGAGAGAGUAAUAUACAGUUAAGGAGACAACCUUAUUCGUUUUCGGGGAAUUUGAUGAGUCCGAGAGGGAACAAGCAGGAGUUGUUGAGAGGGAGGAGAGGGGAGUACUCGGCACCGGCAUCGAUGAGGACUUCGCCGACCAACAGCGGUCUUCUGGUGGCGACGGGGGCCGUUCAGAAUUCGACGAGUGAUAGCACCAUGGAAGAGUUGCAGGCUGCGAUUCAAGCUGCCAUUGCUCAUUGCAAGAAUUCCAUUGCAAUGGAAGACAAAAUCAAAUGCUAAUCAUGGUUAGGUUCACCAAUUCGGAAUGUUAUACACAAAUGAAUUUCUUAUCUAAUUUUCUUAAAAGCAUACAUAAAGUAAUAAGUUAAUUAGAUGAUUUAUGUAUGAGAUUUUAAUUUUAAUUUUUUUUUAAAAAAAAAUCUCGUGUAUAGAAAUGGAAUUUGAGUGUAUAGUUGUAGUAUUAAAAGGAGUUUGAAAAUGAAGGUGGGUCAUGGGUUUAGAGGUACUAAAUUCAACAAAAUUUGUCAAUUUCUACGAGCCUCGUUGUGUUUUCUAUAUGUGAUUGCGCUGGUGACUUUUGAAUUUUUUGAAUGUGGAAUGUUGAAGAUUUCAAAGAAUUUUUUCUCUA